CUAGAAUUUUAGCUGUUUUCUCUCUCUAGCAGUAUAAAAUAAAAAGAGAAAAAUUUUAAUCAAAACAAAUUAAUUCGGGGUGCAGGGAAGAGCAGGGAUUAGAUUGGAAAAUGGCGAGUGUUGUGUUUUAAUAAAUAAAAGUGAAAAAAUGAAUAAAUUUAUUAAUAAAUAUAAAAGAAAUUCGUACUUGCAUUGGUUUUAAAUAUUUUCGACAUUCUACAGUACCUGCCAGUGAACAAGAUAAAAAAAUGUCAAGUCCAUCUUCUCAAAGUAGUCCUAUGCCUCCUCCGAUGGGUACACCUUUACAUAUUUCAUCUUCUCAACCACCACAUAAUUCUUAUCAACCAUCUAUGAUACAUAUAAGCAAUUCUAAUGGAAUUUCCCCAUUACCUAUGCCUCCGACUUCAACCCAUUCGUUACCACCCCAUAUGUCGCCUCACGGACCUCCUCACGGUAAUCACCCACUCAACUUGGGACCUCCUCCACACCUACCACAUGGACUAUCUGGUGGUCCUCAACAUGGACCACCCGGAGUGCCUCAACACGGACCACCCGGGGUACCUCAGCAUGGACCACCUGCAGGGACUCAGCACGGACCACCUGGGGGUCCUCAGCAUGGACCACCUGGGGGUCCUCAGCAUGGACCACCUGGGGUUCCUCAUCACGGACCACCUGGGGUACCUCAGCAUGGACCACACGGGAUACCUCAGCAUGGACUACCUGCGGGUCCUCAGCACGGUCCACAUGGAGGUUCUCAGCACGGUCCACCUGGAGGUCCUCAGCACGGCCCACCUGGAGGUCCUCAGCACGGUCCACCUGGAGGUCCUCAGCACGGUCCACCUGCAGGUCCUCAGCAUGGACCACCUGCAGGUCCUCAGCAUGGACCUCCUGGAGGUAUCCAGCAUGGACCACCAGGAGGGACUCAUCAUGUGCCGUGUGGUGGACCUCAACAUGGGCCCCCUGGAGGGUUUCAAUAUGGACCACAUGGAGGGCCUCAACAUGGAUCGUUUGGACUAGCCUCGCACGGUUCUUCAGUAGGAUCGCCACAUGGACCUAUUCAUGGCCCAUCUUCAUCCCACGCGCCUUCUGGUUCCCAUCCACCAGCAGGAAUGGUACACGGUCCACCUGUUAUUCCUCAUCAUAUUGGUCCGUCUCCAACAUCACAUGGGGGGCCGCUUAUGCAUACAAAUACACAAAAUACUCACAGUGCUCAAGCUCAUGAUCUGUCAACAGUCAAUUCUUCGCAAGGUGGGAAUUUGUCACAACAAAACUAUUCUGGUCCUACCCCUCAGUCUGGUUCUAUCGGACACCCACAACAGCGGCAGAAUUUAGCUGCUUCUCCUGGUCCUCUUCCUCCAUCCACAUCAAGUUCUGGAUCCCCCCAAGGUCCGUCUUCUUCUCCUUUACAAGGUCAAGAAAAUUUAAAUGCUUUACAAAGGGCCAUAGACAGUAUGGAGGAAAAAGGAAUGCAGGAAGAUCCUAGAUAUUCACAAUUGUUAGCGUUGAGAGCUAGAAGUAAUGGAUCGAAUAAUGUUUUAACACAAACGCAAAUGUCACAAUUAAGAAACCAAAUAAUGGCUUAUCGUUAUAUAGCGAGAAAUCAACCAGUACCGUCUCAAAUAAAUUUAGCGUUGCAAGGAAAACGUCCCGAAGGUUCUCCACAAUGUUCUACACCGCCUCCUAAUUCGCCAUUAAUUCAAGGAAACUCCGGAAAUCAUCAGACCAGUUCACAUCCACAUGAACCCGUAGAAACUCCAACUUCUGGUAGGGUAUCAUCUCCAGCUCCACCAGAACCGCCGAUGCGACCACCUGUAACACCAACUUCUCAACAGGCUAUAAUGCAGAACCAUCCGGCACAAACUCAUCUGGUACCUGCCCCUAUGCAGUCACCUCAAGCUCCUCCCCAUUCUUAUAAACAGCCUCAUAAUCCUCCGCUCCACGCGCCACCUCCACAAAUGGUCAACAGCGGUUCCAGAUCUGUGCAGAUACAUCAACCUCAACCGAAUCAUCAUAAUCAUCAAAACGUUAAACAUAAUAGGAUCAGUUCUUUACUCAAACCAUGUGGAGUUGAUCCGCUGGUUCUUCUUCAAGAAAGAGAAAACAGAGUGGCAGCUAGAAUAGCAUCACGUAUGGAACAACUAUCCAAUUUACCGACAAACUUAUCAGAUGAGGUCCGCUUGCAAGUUCAGAUCGAAUUAAGAGCCCUUAGAUGUUUGAAUUUUCAAAGACAACUCCGUAGUGAGAUAAUAGCGUGUACUAGAAGGGAUACCUCACUCGAAACGGUAAUUAACGUCAAACAAUACAAAAGAACCAAAAGACAAGGUUUGAAAGAAGCUAGAGCAACGGAGAAGCUGGAAAAACAACAAAAAAUUGAAGCCGAAAGAAAAAAGAAACAAAAACAUCAAGAAUUUCUUAAUUCGGUGACACAACACGCGAAAGAUUUUAAAGAAUUUCACAGAAACGUACAGGGAAAGUUAUCGAGAUUGAAUAGAGGUAUAAUGAGUUAUCAUGCGAAUGCAGAAAGGGAGCAGAAAAAAGAGCAAGAGAGGAUAGAAAAAGAACGUAUGAGAAGGUUGAUGGCAGAAGAUGAAGAAGGUUAUAGAAAAUUGAUUGAUCAAAAGAAAGACAAACGUUUGGCAUUCUUACUGUCUCAGACGGAUGAAUACAUAAGUAAUUUAACCGAAAUGGUGAAACAGCACAAAUUGGAACAACAACGCAAACAAAUGGAAGAAGAAAAGAAAAAGAAAGUCCAAGACAAACUCAAAAAAAAGAGGAGAAAAUUAGGAUUGGAUGGUAUUAUAAAGCAAGACGAGGAUGGGACGCAAGAAUUGGACAGACCAAUUACUGUAAUCGAAAUAACAACAGGAAAAAAACUUUCAGGAGAAGAAGCCCCGAUGCUCAGCCAAUUACAAGAAUGGUUAAUUCAAAAUCCCGGUUGGGAAAUUGCAGACACCGAUGACGACGAAGAUGAAGAAACCGAUUCCGAUGCAUCCGAUGAAGAUGAUAAUAGACCGAAAUCGGAGGAGGAUAAAACGAAAGAGGUAAUCAAAAAAGCCAAAGUGGAAGAUGACGAAUAUCAUAAAAAUUCGAAAGAAGAACAGACCUAUUAUAGUAUUGCGCAUACCGUACACGAAAUAGUAACAGAACAACCAACCAUUAUGAUCAACGGACGUCUAAAAGAGUACCAGAUAAAAGGAUUGGAAUGGUUAGUGUCUUUAUUUAACAAUAAUCUUAACGGUAUUUUAGCCGACGAGAUGGGAUUGGGAAAAACUAUACAGACCAUAGCUUUAAUUACUCAUCUUAUGGAAAAAAAGAAAAUCAACGGACCAUAUCUUAUAAUUGUACCGUUGUCUACUUUGUCGAAUUGGGUUUUGGAAUUCGAAAAAUGGUCGCCGUCAGUCGUAGUUGUUUCGUAUAAAGGUUCGCCGUGUGUCAGAAGGCAGAUUCAGAGCCAAAUGAGAUCGACAAAAUUUAAUGUUUUAUUAACUACUUACGAAUACGUUAUAAAAGAUAAAGGAGUAUUAGCUAAGUUGCCGUUUAAAUAUAUGAUCAUAGAUGAAGGUCAUCGUAUGAAAAAUCAUCAUUGUAAAUUGACUCAAGUAUUAAACACUCAUUAUUUAGCUCCACAUCGUCUCUUAUUAACUGGUACUCCACUACAAAAUAAAUUACCAGAAUUAUGGGCUUUACUUAAUUUUUUAUUGCCUUCUAUAUUCAAAAGUUGUUCAACAUUCGAACAAUGGUUCAACGCUCCUUUUGCUACUACAGGAGAAAAGGUUGAGUUGAACGAGGAAGAAACUAUUCUGAUCAUUCGACGUCUUCACAAAGUUCUUAGACCGUUUCUAUUGAGACGAUUAAAAAGAGAAGUAGAGUCACAGCUUCCCGAUAAAGUAGAAUACAUAAUAAAAUGUGACAUGUCCGGUCUACAAAAAGUUUUGUACAAGCAUAUGCAAAGUAAAGGGGUUCUGCUGACCGACGGUUCCGAAAAAGGUAAUAAAGGUAAAGGAGGAGCGAAAGCCUUAAUGAAUACAAUUGUUCAAUUGAGAAAGUUAUGCAACCAUCCUUUCAUGUUUCAAAAUAUCGAAGAAAAAUAUUGCGAUCAUGUUGGAAUCGCGGGAGGGGUCAUAUCGGGACCGGAUAUUUAUCGAGCUUCCGGUAAAUUCGAACUUUUAGAUCGUAUAUUACCGAAAUUAAAAGCUACGAAUCACCGAGUACUACUAUUUUGUCAAAUGACUCAAUUAAUGACGAUAAUGGAAGAUUAUUUAAGUUGGCGCGGUUUUGGUUAUCUUCGUUUAGAUGGUACGACCAAAGCCGAAGAUCGUGGUGAUUUGUUGAAUAAAUUCAACGACAAAGCUAGCGAUUAUUUCAUUUUUCUUUUAUCUACGAGAGCAGGAGGAUUAGGACUCAAUUUACAAACAGCCGAUACCGUCGUUAUAUUCGAUUCCGAUUGGAACCCUCAUCAGGAUCUACAAGCUCAAGAUAGAGCUCAUAGAAUCGGACAACAGAACGAAGUAAGAGUACUUAGAUUAAUGACGGUUAAUUCGGUCGAAGAACGUAUAUUGGCGGCUGCUAGAUAUAAACUUAACAUGGACGAAAAGGUCAUUCAAGCCGGUAUGUUCGAUCAAAAAUCGACCGGAACUGAAAGACAACAGUUUUUACAACAUAUCUUACAUCAAGACGGAGACGAUGAAGAAGAAGAAAAUGAAGUUCCCGAUGACGAGACCGUUAAUCAAAUGGUAGCGAGAUCCGAAGCGGAAUUCGAACUUUUUCAAAAAAUGGACGUGGAAAGGCGAAGGGAAGAGGCUAAAUUAGGACCCGCUAGAAAAUCUAGAAUGUUGGAAAUUAGCGAAUUACCAGAUUGGUUAGUUAAAGAAGACGACGAGGUCGAUCGCUGGCACUACGAUGACCAAGACAGCAUUUUGGGUAGAGGCACGAGACAACGAAAGGAAGUUGAUUAUACCGAUAGUAUAACAGAAAAAGAUUGGUUAAAGGCUGUAGAUACUGGCGAAUAUGAGGAAGAAGAAGAGGAGGAAGAGAAAAUUAGAAAAAAGAAGAAUCGCAAAAAGAGAAGACGGGGCGAAGAUUCUGAUAGCGAAGUAGGAAGCGUCAUCAAAAGAAAAAAUAAAAAUCAAAUUUACGAUACGAGGCUUAAAAGACAAUUGAGAAAAUUAAUGACUAUCGUCACGAGAUAUACGGAUAGUGAUGGUCGAUUACUGAGUGAACCGUUUAUAAAACUACCCCCUAAAAAAGAUUAUCCCGAUUAUUAUGAGAUUAUUAAGAAACCCAUCGAUAUAAACAAAAUUUUAGAUAGGAUUUCUGACGGAAAGUAUCUGGAUUUCGCAGAUCUAGAACGAGAUUUCAUGCUACUUUGUCAGAACGCUCAGAUAUACAACGAAGAAGCAUCUUUAAUUCACGAAGAUAGUAUAGUACUUCAAUCGGUAUUCGCUAAUGCGAAACAUCGUAUCGAAAACGAAUGCGUCGAAUCGGAACCGGACGAUGAAAAAGACGAAGUUAAAUCGGAUACCGAUUCUUUAAUAAAAAUGAAGAUAAAGCUCAAGAGUAAAAAGCUCAUUAGCAGUAGUAGUAUUGGUAAUAGACGGAAGAGAAGUCCGAAGAAAUACCUUUCUGAGGAUGAUGAUGAUGAAGAAGAAGACGAUUAGAUUUUUUCAAUUAUCUUGUUUUUUUUUCGAGGUUUUUAGAUAAAUGACUUGAUAUACUUUAGAUCGGUAUUUGUUAUUUAACCACAAACUUUUGUGUUACUAUUAAUAUAGUUUAAAGUAAUUUUGGUUUUAAAAAUGCACUCUAUUAAUUAUAAGUAAAAAUGUUGGUUGUGCUCUAAAUGUGAUAAAUUUUUAUUUAAAAUAUUUCGCUAAUUGUUUUUAUAUCGCGGGUUUGUCUAUGUAUCAAGUAGGGAUGAAUCGAUUCUCGAUACCACCGAUUCUUGGUAUCGAGAAUCGAUCGCAAAAAUUCGAUACCGAUACCAGUAAAUGGACGGAACAAUUAUUUUUUAAUCCAGUUUAUAUUGUUAUCAAAAUGAAAUUAUAUUUUGCAAAAUCAUUUGUCUUUGUUUAAACAAUGCACUGCCUCGGAACAUUUAUUGCGCCGACAAAGUAGUCCCAUAUCUUCUUUGAUAUAGUAGGUGUAGAGUGUAUAAAAAUCCCGCUUUUAAAAUAACAUGGAUAAUGAUUUUUAUUUUUGAUACAAUUACAUAAAAACCAAAGAGCUUAACGUAGACCAUGUGUUUCCCUCUGCUGGUCCGAUUUAAUUUCAGAAUAAAUGCUUAUUAAACCAUUGUUUAUUUUUUAUUUGCGAAAUUGCCUCAUUCAUCCCUGUAUAGGCAUAGAUAUUUUGAAAUUGGUUUGUAGGUUGUUCAAACAAAUUCUGAAUAUGUUUUUAGUAAGAAAAUUUUUUUCCAUCGAUGGUAUCGGUAUCGAAAAUCGAAAAAUUUUUGGUAUUGACACAUCUCUAGUAUCAAGGUAUAUCAAGAUAUUAUAAGCGUUAAAAAGAAAAUGAAUAAACUAACUUUUUAUCGGCUCAAAGCUUACGUGUAUUGUUAUAUAUGGAAAUGAAAUUCCAUUAUUUUUUGCCAUUGUAGUUGAGAUUAAUUAAAUUUAGUAAGUUUAGUAGAUUUCAAAUGUUGUACAUAGGUAUACAAUCUAUCUAUCCACAUAAAAUGUAUUCGAAUCCUACUAUUUUUUAACUAUUCGCUUUAUAUAUUCAACGCGAGACCUUUACAAUAACAAUUUAACACAAUUGUGUGUAUUUUUAAAUAUUAUUUAUUUCUUCAUAAUCAUUUCUUAUUAUCUUUUAGAACGAUUCCUAUAAUGAAAGUUCUUGUAUCUCAAAAGCGUUUACCAUUUUUUUCAACUUGUACUCUACACCAAUUUUAAUUGAAUUGAAAAUUGCUAUUUUUAGUAUGAUUUUAAAAAUCGUGGACUUUUUACGGUAAAAGUAGUUCUCAAUUUCAAAUUUUGAUUCAAAUCAGGUUUCUAAUUACAAAUGUAGACUAAAAAUAUUUUUGCAAUAAUUUAAUCAGCAGUAUUAGUAGGUCUAACUAAACGAAUAAUUACAACGAUUAAAUUGUUUUUAUAUAUAUAUAUAUAUAUAUAUAUAUAUAUAUAUAUAUAUAUAUAUAUAUAUAUAUAUAUAUAUAUAUAAAUGUUGGUUAAAUCUAAUGGUAUGUCUAUGUACAAAUUAUUCUUACAAUUAUAUAUCAAAAAUAUGAUUGUGUCUCAUGACGUCCAUACGGUUUUCGAAAAAUUCAUGCGAGCAUAUUUUGGAAAGAUAGUUUUUGGUAUUAUAAUUGUAAAUAAAUCGAUUGUUUUAUGAGUCACGUCACAAAAAUGAAGGUUUUAGAGUUUUAUUGUUAUGAAAACGAACGCAAAAAAUUAAGUCUGAUUCAGCAAUAUUGUUCCUAUAGAUUUUAUUAAUAUUCUUUCACUUCUAAUAUCCUAUUUGUGACGUGUUUUAACCAUAAACUAUUUUUUUAACGAGUUCAACUAUUUUUAUCUUUUACAGAUAAAUAAAAUAUAUCUAUGAUUUUAUUGAAAGCUUUAAUAAACCUUGCGUGUUUAACAUGUCUCCCAAUU